GUGGUUUUUAGCAAAAUAUGUUAUAUAAAUACUACUCUCAAACCCUUGGUCUUUAAUUUGUUUUCUUCCACCAUACAUAUUUCAUUCUCUCUACCAAAAAAUACAUAAUUUAUUCUCUCUUCCUUUUCUUCUGCAGGAUAAUUAUUUGCUGCUUUAUUAGGCCGUGGAGCAUAACUCAAAGUGAAGAUGCAAACUAGGAGAAACCGUAGUCGAGAAUGCUGUUCUCCUAAGGUUUCAGGAGCACAGAGAAAGGCCUCUGAAAAUGGCCAAGUAGCUGAUUUAAUCAAGUCUUCUGGAAGAAAAAAUAAUGAAUCUUCUUGCGCUUUUGAGGAUAAAGAUGCUGAGCAAUGGCCUCUAAAUCUGGGAACUGAAGCAGUUGAUGGUGGUUCAAUAGAUAUCGAGGGUAACCAGCAAACUGUAACUCCGGCGACUAUGUUCUCUCCUUGUCUGUAUGAUUUUGACGCUUACUCAUUCAUAAAAACCUUACCAGAGUUGUCAGAGGUUGUUCCCACUUUUAGACAGAUGUUGCUACCUAGGCAGACUCGAGGCUGCCCUCCUACUACUCUUGUUCUCGGCUUGGAUGGAACUUUGGUGCAUUCGACACUAGUAAAACCUAAGGAAGACCAUGACUUAACUUUCACUGUGAGUUUUAAUUCUGUAAAGGAGGAUGUCUAUGUACGCUAUCGUCCUCACCUAAAAGAAUUCCUUGACGAAGUUUCUGGUAUUUUUGAGAUUAUUGUAUUUACUGCUGGUCAAAGAAUUUAUGCUGACAAACUCUUAAAUAAGCUUGAUCCAAGCCGGAAGAUAUUUCGUCAUCGUUUAUUCCGUGAAUCCUGUGUUAAUGUGGACGAAAAAUACGUCAAAGAUUUAUCAAUACUCGGUCGUGAUUUAGCACGUGUUACAAUGAUUGACAGCUCCCCGCAUUCAUUUGGGUUCCAAGUGGAGAAUGGAAUACCAAUUGAGACUUGGUUUGCAGAUCCUUCAGAUAAUAAAUUGCUUUCAUUGAUUCCUUUCUUGGAGAGUUUAGUAGAAGUUGAUGAUGUCCGAACCGAAAUUAAAAACAGGUUCAACCUCCAGGAAAAAAUUGCUGAUGCUUAUUAGGUGCAAUGGAUUUCUUGUCUUAA